ACACACACACACACACUCAAAUCCUGUCCCACCCACUUCUUCAAAGUUAACUACGCCACUGAAAAAGACCCAUUUCUGAACACUGUGAAUCAAAGCUUACAACUUCUGUCUUAUUUAUCGGUCAGUUUGAGAUUGAGAAACCAGGAUGUCUCACACUGUCAUACCCAUGAACUCUUCAACGCUCGUCAUCCAGCUGCAACCAGCAACACAAACAGCUCAUGAUACGACGGAGACAAAUGCUCCUGGACCUGUUUAUGUACAACAGAUGACGGGAGCCUCACCUCUUCAUGGACUUCAGGCAUUUCUGAAAGGACAACCGAAAGCCCUUGGGACGGUCCAGAUAAUGAUCGGUGUGAUGACUCUGCUGUUUGGCAUUGUGUCUACAGUUUAUGCUGAACCCAUGUUUGUCUAUACUGGUAUUCCUUACUGGGGAUCUCUCAUCAACAUUGUCUCAGGCUCACUCUGCAUUGCUGCAGAAAACAAAAUUAAUUCUCCCUCCAGUUUGUGUUUGAUGAAUGCUUCACUGGGAAUGAACAUUUUCAGUACGAUAACUGCAGGCAUUGCCAUUAUUUUACUUUCACUAGAUUUUUCUAUAUGGUCAUACUCUUACUGCAGUGAUUAUUCCUGUUAUUCACGGGCAAAGUAUAUGACUCUCUUCAGGGGAAUCAGAGGUGUAUUAAUGUUAUUCGCCGUGUUCGAGUUUAUCAUCUCCAUCUGUCUGUCAGCAUUUGCCUGUAAAGCCAGUGUCUACAGUUCUCCUUCUCUGGUGAGUAAUGAGUCAAACCAGGACUUUCCAAACUUUUUGUGUUGUAUCAAUAUACAGGUGCAUGUCAAUAAACUAGAAAGUCGUGGAAAAGUUCAUUUAUUUCAGUAAUUCAACUCAAAUUGU